AUGGCCGAGACAGAAACUGAUAAUAACAGUAUUGUUAGGCCUGAACGAAAUAAUAAGAAUUUAACGCCAAGCAAUGGCCCCCGUCGCGUUACUAUUUACAAAACAGAGACAGGUUUUGGUUUUAAUGUCCGCGGUCAAGUUUCUGAGGGUGGGCAGUUGAGGUCGAUCAAUGGUGAACUUUAUGCUCCUUUGCAGCACGUCAGCGCUGUUCUCGAGCAGGGAGCAGCGGAACAAGCUGGGAUACGAAAAGGAGAUAGGAUACUAGAAGUCAAUGGCGUGAAUGUAGAAGGUGCAACACACAAACAAGUUGUUGAUCUCAUCAAGUCCGGCGGCGACUGUUUGACGCUCACUGUCAUUUCUGUUACACAAAAGGAGGCCGAGCGUCUAGAGCCAUGCGACGACGGCUCAGCGCCUAUAGGCGUUAUCGGCGGCGCUGCCAACUCACGCGCGACAGUUUACCAACGUUACGACUACACAGACAAGAGAUCCUUGCCAGUGUCCAUACCGGACUACAGGGUGGUAAUGGAGCGCAAUACGGGCAGGUCGUAUGUGGCCUUCAAUGUCCACAUGGCAGGCAGGCAUCUCUGUAGUCGCCGGUACAGGGAGUUCGCGGCGCUACAUCAGAUAUUGAGGAAAGAGUUUCUUGGUUUUAAUUUCCCAAAACUGCCCGGGAAAUGGCCAUUCACACUCAGCGAACAACAGUUAGACGCGAGAAGAAGGGGCUUAGAACAGUAUUUAGAAAAGGUAUGCGCAGUCCGCGUGAUAGCAGAAUCGGACGCUGUUCAAGAAUUCCUCACGGAUUCGGACGAUUCCUCCAACCCUUCACCUGUAGACCUCAAGGUGUUAUUACCAGAUAAAGCUGUGGUCACAGUGUCCGUGCUAAAGUCGACUAAUGCGGACGAUGUGUAUAGAGCCGUUUGUGAGAAGAUUGGUCUAUCCAGUAGUGUGCAAAAGUACUUCUAUCUAUUUGAAAUCGUGGAAUAUAAUUUUGAACGCAAACUACAACCGAACGAGUGUCCCCACUCCCUGUACAUACAGAACUACUCGACCGCGUCGUCGAGCUGCCUCGCGCUGCGCAAGUGGCUGUUCAACCCGCACAUCGAGCUCUCCGUUAUAGAGGAGGACCCCAAGGCAGCGGAGUUUAUAUUCUGGCAGGCGGUGGAGGACGUGAACCGCGGCGUGUGCUCGGCGGGCGCGCGGCUGUACCAGCUGAAGGCGCUGCAGGACGUGCGGCGCGCGCGCGACUACCUCGCCCUCGCGCGCUCGCUGCCCGGCUACGGGCACGUCGCCUUCCCGCCCGCGCACGCGGCGCGCCAGCUGUCGCUGGGCUGGUCGGGGCUGCAGCUGGGCCCCUUGGAGGACGGCAGCGGCGGCGAGGAGGCGGUCUCGUGGCGCGAGGUGGUGUCGUGGCGCGCGGACGACGAGGCGGCGGCCGCGGCGCUGCUGCACCGCCGCGCCGCACGGGAGCGGCCGCGCGCGCUGCUGCUGCACACGCCUUAUUAUCAAUUCCUAUGCAAUUGCAUGGACAGAAUAGCAGAAGAGGCGAAAUGGGUCGACACGGGCGAAUAAAACUCUCCACACUUGAUAGACCAUCUCACGUCUUGAAUGUUUCAGUAUUUAUAUAUAAUGUUUAAUUGUCAUUUAUUUUAUAUAUCGUUUUAUAAGUAUAAUCGUAAAGUAUUAAACUUUCACGGAAAACAAUCAUUCCUAUUUAAGUGAAUUGUUAAAAAAAAUGUAUGUAUGUAUGUACACGGUUGCAAAUUGAUGUUUUCGCUAGCUCACUAUACAACUGUACACCACUCGUACUUAUAAUAGCUUUUUUAUAAAAUGAUUUUUUUUUUUAAUUUUUACGAUAACGAUAUCGAAAUAUAUAGUAUAAUGGUGAGUAAUAUACUUAACUUAUUUAUAUGGAUUUAUUAAUAUUAAGUGUAAAUGAAGUAGUCGUCACAAAGAAACAACGUGGUGCCAACAGUCACAAAUACAUAUUAUACUGCCACCUUUUCCAUACUGAAUACUGCUAAAAUAGUAAACGAACAAAGCAGUUAGCGAAUUUUUUUUAAAGUUUUACGAAUUAAUCGAAAAAAGAACGAAACAUAACCUUUCUGUUGGUACUUUAGUAUAAUAAAAAGUUUAAUGUUCAAGAAGGUAGAAGUAAAAAAUAACUCACUGUCUAUCCUUUUCUUAUACAUUACACGCGUGUCACUCUGUCCUUGUCUAAAGUUGAAUUAAGAGCAUGAGCACGCGACAUUCGUCAGUCGACCGCCGACCGCCGGCGAGGUAACACGUCUCUAUAGAGAUUAUACGUUUCGGAACUAGGGAAAGAUCUCAUCAAAAUUGCUUGUUUAUUAGUGUUAACUUUUAAAUAAAAAUAUUUUAAAUUAAACGUAGUGAAUAUUGUUAUAACAUAAAUAGAUGUGUCGUCUGCUUGUUAUUGUUAACAUUACAUAUCUCGUUAGUGUAAUUAGCGAAAUUUAAAUUAAGUUGAAAACUUACUGUCAUAUAACGAUAUAUGCGUCAAUUAAAUAUCCACUAUUUAGCUAAAUUUUGUAUCUUUAUAUAUCCAUCUUGAAUCCUUGUUUAAUUUUAAUUAUUAAUUGUUUUAUUGCUAAAAGCGCUAACAAAUAGUUUGUCAAAUGUGGUAUUUCUGUCUUCAUUAAAUCUCUCUCUCUCUCUCAUCAAUUGAACAUGAAAGAGAUAGCAUGAUUAUCAGAUGUAAAUUUAUGUUAUUCAGCUAAUUUAAAGUAUAACCGAACUUACUUCUUCUAACUUUUUCUUUAAUAAAGAUAUUGAUAAAACAUUAUUUAGUGACGACAGAACAACCACAAGUAGUAAUUUAAUCGACUCUAAGUGCAAU